AUGAACAAAAUCAAGGUGACGCCCCUAAGCAUGCGUCAAUGCCUUACAUUUCUUCCUUUCUCAGUUCAAUCAAGCGAAACCAAGCCACGUGAGAUUGCCAUUGGUUUUGUUGACGAUGAUCACUAUGUUCAGGUUCAUUUGUCUCCAGAUCAUCAUAUUCCACUAGAGUGGAGAGCUACUACAGAUACCGUCAUCCUAAUGACUGAUGAAAAUGCACCUUCACUCUUUACAAGACAGAACGAAGUAAAAGAAGUGCCUGUUGCAAUGUUCAAAGUAGAGAAGGAUUUGACUAUUUCUGGGAGCAUAACUUACAGCCAACAAGUGGUUGGUGGAUUUCUUCUAUUGUUAAAAUAUGAAAAGUCUGUGGUGGCCAACUUCGAAGCUAAAUCAGACACGCAUAUGUGA